AUGAGGUGUAAGAAACACUUGCCGGAUAUUUCCAGCACCGUCGGCGUUUGCGCCUCUUGCCUCCGUGAGCGCCUCCUGAAAAUCGUCGAGAGUCAGGCGCAACCGUCGCGUGUCUCUGUCUCGGAACCAAAACUUCCGUCGUUGGAGCCGAUUUUUCCAACGUCGGUUUCUCCGUACGUUGCACACCGGAAAUCAGAUGAUCGCCGGCGAGAGGUUUUGUUUCAUAGUACACCGCAAGGUGGUCGUGGAUUAUCCGCCGCGUGCGACGGAGCAACGACGCAAUCUUCCAAGAGAAGGAUAAGGAAAUUCUGGAUUCUGUCAGAUUUGUACCGUCCGAGAUCUAGUAAGACGGAGAAUUCCUCUGGAGAAUCGUGUGAACCGUCGUCUUCGGUUUCUCCUCGUUCGUUGACGUGGCUAUCGGCGAUUCUCCCUGUCCGACGGCAGAACAACCGCGUUAGCGAUCAACGGAGGUGCCGUGAAAUGAAUCGGGGAGCAACACCGGUUGAUAAGGAAAAUUUCGAAGGACGGGAUCAAUCGGAAUUAGGAACCUCGUUGGAAUCUUCGCCGUAUAGAAAUAAGACGACGGCGGUUACCACUCGGCGGUCACGGCUAGGUUACGCCGGAAAAAGCUUAGCGAGCAUGGCGUUGUGUUUGAGUCCGAUGGUUCGGGCGAGUCCGAACCGGAACUGGAGUAACCAUAACCAUAAGGGGUUUUCGCAGGAAUUGGGUGUGGGUGGGGUGCAGCAUAUAUCCACUGCAGCCUCAAUGUGUGCCAAUCGAUCAAAGAAGCUUGUUGAUCUGGGAAAAGUUGCUCACAAUCACAAACGUUGA